AUGGCACCUGUGAAAGGCUGGAUGGUGGGGCUGCUGCUGGUUCUCCUGUGCCCGUCCCAGGCCCCGCUCUCUGGAGCAGUGAGCGCGCAGGACGUGGCCGAAGCGUUCCACGGCAGAAACGUUGAGGCGGUCGUGGCAGAAGAGGGCGAAACUGCUGAGGGUGACGAUGGUGUCGGUGAGGAAGAGGAACAUUUAGCAGAGGAAGACGAUGAGGAAGAAUCAAUUGAACAGGAAGAAGAGGAGGAGGAUGAGGAGGAAGAAGAAGAGGAUGGGGAGGAGGAAGAAGAGGAGGAGGAGGAGGAGGAAGAGGAGACUGCUGACGCUGAAGCGGAGGAGGAGGAAGAGGAGACUGUUGACGCUGAAGCGGAGGAGGAGGAAGAGGAGGCGGCUGAUGAGGACGAUGAGGAAGAGGAGGCUGCUGAUGAGGACGAUGAUGAAGAGGAGACUGCUGACGAUGAAGUGGAAGAGGACGAGGAAGAGGCUGCUGAGGAGGAGGAGGAGGAAGAGGAGGGGGAGAAGGAGGCUACUGAGGAGGAGGAAGAUGAGGAAGAGGCUGCUGAUGAGGAGGAGGAAGAUGAGGAAGAGGCUGCUGAUGAGGAGGAGGAGGAGGAGGAAGAAGAGGAAGAGGCUGAAGAAGAGGCUGCUGAGGACGAAGAGGACGAGGAGGACGAGGAGGAGGACGAUGUUGAGGCCGCAGCUGAAAAUGAGGACGACGAGGAGGCAAUAGAGCAGGAAGAUGAGUCUUCUGAAGAGGAAGAGGAGGCAGGCGGUGAUGAAGCAGCUGAGGAAGAGGAGGCUGAUGAUGCUGAAGAAGAGGAGGAUGAGGAUGACUUUGAGGAAGAGGAAGCAACUGAAGCAGAGGAAGAUGACGAGGAGCCCGCCACUGACAUGCUGCAAUACCACUCUGGCUCUUUGUGUAGUGUUUGCACCAUCUGUGAGCACUGCUCUAAAAACUGUGAGAAAUGCCCGUGUGAAGAGGGAGAUGAGUCGGAUCUCUGUGAGCACUGCCAAGAAUGCACAUCUUGCUACAUUUGCCCCCUGCUGUGUAACACAAUCUGCACACCAGGUGGCCUUGUUGAUGAGCUAACAGGGACCCUCUUUCAGUAA